AUGAGUCAUUACAUUACGCCUCAGAUCAGGGUUCCCACUCGCUUCCGUUUUUGCCCUCCUGCAGGGUUUGAAACCCUUAACCCGUAACCCUAGCACCCCGUCGCCCACUGGGUCGUGGUGAGCGACAAGCGCAGAAAGAAUCACGAAUGACGUGCAUGCGUCAGAACAUCCACCUCUGAGCUUGCCGGUCUUCAGCUCGUUGGGGAAAAAACAGGUCCCUCAAAACCCUGCCUGCGAAGAACAGGAAUAUGACUUCGGCCUCGUGAGGGCAUCAGGUGUGCAACGACAAUGGGACCAGACUCAAACCUACUCAUGGUGCCUGCUCGGUUGUGUGUGGUUGUCAGGCAUCGCUGACAGAUCUGCUGCGCCGCAACAAACGAUGGAGGCCGAGUUGUCCGCUCGCCAGUUCAGCGCCCAGGCGAUUCUCAAUCAGCUGCACGUGCCCGUGACGGCCAUCGGCGACGCCAUAAGCCAACUGCAUGCCCAGAUCCGCCAAGCAGACGACGCCGCCCAGCGAGAGAGGCAGACGCACGGCGCCUCGGACCCAUCAGCAGCGUCGCCCGAUGACGUGCUGCUGCUCAAUGUGGGCGGCAGCGAGUGGCGAGUGAAGCGGCAGCACAUGACUCAAGGAGAAGGCGUGGAGGGGACUCUGUUGGCGGCGCUGUUCUCGGGCUGCUGGGACAACCGAUUCAUCAAGGACGACAAACAGCGGGCGUUCAUCGACAUCUACCCGGAGGCCUUCAAGACCAUCCACACGGCCAUAUUGGAUACCGCCACCCUCCUCCAGGCGGGCAAGGCGGCGUCGAUUGUCACGCUGCUCGACGAGGCAUCCCAGCGGAACUACACCGGUAAGGGGCAUGAAGGCGACAGCGCACUCAUCCUGUCCUCUCACUCUGUCUCUGGCUGGCCGUGGUGUAGGUCGUCAUGGCUUCUGGAUCAAGUUGCUGCUGUCGCCACUGGACAAGGCGGUCUCAGCGGCCCCUCCCAGUGGCGUCACUGAGCCGCGCCUGUCCGCCACGGACAGCCCUGCCGUGAUGGGCGACGCCGUCAAGACGCUCGAGGCCAUCAUGAAGACAUUCACCAAGGAGAAGGCCCGGCUGGAGGGCCAGCUGCGGGCGGCACAAGAGCGACGUGACAACCUCGACAAAGAGAUACAGGUGACCCACACAGACAGAGCCAGGGGAUGUGGAUCGGUGCUGUGUGUGGUUCACAGGCGGUGAGUCCCUUUCUGCUGCCUCUGAGUGGCGGUGACCCCAUCCGGUCAGUCGACGUGUGCGGCCAGGUCAUAUCGACCACUCAGUCGACUGUCGAUGAGAUGAGCGACGAGCUGCGGAAUCGAUUCGACCUGUGAGCAUCGACCCAUGCACCGAAGCACACAGUGACAGCGAUGCCCUAUCGAGGAUGGCUGUGUGUGUCUUUAGGUGGCCGCGGCCGGUUGAGGUGGUGCAGCCCGACCACAUCAGCCGUAUGGUCGAUCACUACCGCCGCAGACGUCUCGGCGCGUCGGCCGCCGACAUGGCUCCGGUGCUGAGGAUGGACAAGACUACCAAGCAGAAUGCCUUCGAUGUCAACGCAGCCGUGUACGGCGUCAUCAGGAAACGCAGAUGGAGAGCCGCGCAGGAAGGCUGACCUCGCCGUCUCUCUGUCUAUGUUUUUCCCUUUGCAGUGCUGACUUCACUGUGAUGCCAUCUGGUGCUCGGUAUCGCAUCGUCACGGAGGGCACCGGCAGAGUGCCCACACUCAACGACACCGUCAAGUUCUACGAGAUCUGGUGGCGUGAUCGAUUCGACGGCCGGGACAAACGCUACGACCUCCGUGGGGCGGUGUAUCGUGUGUCUGAUCUGUAUGGGUGGGAGCGCGAGGCGUUGCUGUCGAUGCGGGAGGGCGAGGUGAGGCAAAUCAUCCCGCCACCCGGGUUUGUCCGCUACGUUGAGCUGCGUUUGGUCAGCAUAGAGUAGGAGAGAGUCCACACACACGCAUGUGGGGGCGGCUGUGUGUCACACACUCAUGUGUGUGGCCGGGGGCUCUUCCCUUAUUGCCUGGCUGACUGUGUGCCUCGGGUGUCUGUCUGUCAUUGGCCACUCACAGCACUUGUGGGUGUCACGUCUGCUGCUCGGCCGUGGGUUUAUUCCUGUCUGCCGUGCUGCAAAGAGAAGAGCCCUUUUCUCUCCUCUCUCCCCCUCUCUCUCUCUCUCUCUCUCUGCGUGUGUGUGUGUGUGUGUGGCUGCUUUUAUUCAACUCGAAUGCAUGGCUGUCUGAUCCGAUGCAGUCUUGCUGAAGGGCGUGGGCGGGUUCUUUGUGUGCGUGGUGUAUAUGAGUGGGUGUGCGUGGGGUGAGGGAAGGGACACUUCACGUCGAGGUCAGGUUCUUGGCGAUUUAAUGAGUGCCACACACCACAUUUUUCGGUGAGGGUGAGGUGCGGCGGGUCAUCCUGCCUACAGUGGAAAGAAGAUAUGUCGAGUAUAGGCUGGUGUCCAUCCUGUGAGCUCUCUGCUCGUGGGUGUGGCGACAGUGCGUGUGUGGGAGGUGGUGAGUGCUGUCUGCCUUCAUUCAUUCAUUCAGGCCACCUAUGCGUUUAUGUAUUGUGGCCAUCGAUGUGACAUGUCGUUCUCGUGUGUGUCUAUGUAUUGUGUUUCACACUGACGUGAUGACUCGGUGGGUCUAAUGUUUGUGCUUAUCAUAACGGACAAAUUGGCUCGUUGUCACAUACGUCACAAUCAACCCAUCGCCG